AGUAAAAGAAAUUCUCCCACCAAUAUCCUACCUUCCCUUUCUCCUCUUAUUGACUUGCUAUAUAUUCUCUACUUUCCUUGUUGUUCAUCUUCUUCUUCCUCAGUUCCCAUAAUGUUGCCAUCUGAAAAUUCUUCCCCUAGGAAGACAUUCAAGAAACUCAGAAAUUCCUUCUAUUUGAUCAAAUCCCAAGUUGGAUUUCAUCAUUGUAAAUGGUUUUUCCUCAUCAUUCUCAUUCAAGUCACCUUCAUUCUAUUCCUUGCCGGAACUUCCCCUCCGGCCAUUCCCCUCCGACACCAGCACCAGCAACAGCGCUUCCAAAUCUCGAAACCUCAAAAACAGAGCAUUCACCAGAAGAAACAGAGCAAUGGCCAAGUUCAAAUCUUGCAAGAUUCAAAACCCAAAAACAAACAGCAAAAACAGAGCAAGGACCAAGUUCAAAUCUUGCAAGAUUUAAAACCCAAAAUCAACCAGCAGAAACAGUUAGUGCAAGCUAAAGAACCCCACGAUGAGUGUGAAUACGGGAGAGUUUAUGUAUACGAUCUUCCAACAAAGUUCAACAAAGAUCUUCUAAACAACUGUCAUGAUUUAGACCCAUGGAGUUCUCGAUGCAACGCGGUUACAAAUGGCGGUCUUGGACCAAAAGCAACUGGCCUCGACUCAAUCGUACCGGAGAAUAUCCGGUCUGCUUGGUACUGGACAGAUAUGUACUCCGCUGAAGUCAUUUAUCAUGAAAGAAUUUUGAAUUACAAAUGCAGAGCAUUAAACCCCCAAAAUGCUACUGCAUUUUAUAUCCCCUUUUAUGCCGGACUUGCAAUUGGGAAGAUUUUAUGGUUCACCACAGCGAAAGAACGAGAUCGUCCUAGUGAAUUGAUGCUAGAAUGGGUAAAAAAUCAACCUUAUUGGAAUCAAAAUCACGGGUCAGAUCAUUUCUUAAUGCUCGGUAGAUUAACAUGGGCAUUUCGAAGAAAAACCGAUGCUGAUUCCGAUUGGGGCACGAGUUUUCUCCGAAUGCCAUUGAUGAAAAAUGUUCUUCGUUUAUCUAUUGAAAAGAAUCCGUGGGAUGAUUUAGAGGUAAGUGUUCCUUAUCCUACAGCUUUUCACCCUCAGUUCGAAACAGAGAUUAAACAAUGGCAAGAUCUCGUGAGGUCACGUAAUCGUUCUAGCCAUUUUUGCUUCGUGGGAGCUGUGAGGAAGAAGAUCAAGAAUGAUUUCAGAGAAGUAUUAAUGAAUUACUGCAAGAACGAGACGGGUUCUUGCAAGAUUGUGGAUUGCUCCGUCACACAUUGUUAUGACGGAGCACCAGCAAUUCUUGAAGCAUUUUUGGAUUCUGAUUUCUGUUUACAACCAAAAGGGGAUGGAUUUACAAGAAGAUCGAUGUUCGAUUGCAUGAUGGCAGGUUCAAUUCCAGUGUAUUUUUGGGAAGGAAGUUUUAAAACUCAAUAUGAAUGGCAUUUGCCUUCGCCAUCGGAGGAUUAUUCAGUAUACAUGGAUCAUACUGAAGUUAGAAAUGAUACUAACAUAAUUAGAGAAGUACUCGAUAAGUUCACGAAAGAUGAUGUGAAGAAAAUGAGAGAGAUUUUGAUUGAUGCUAUGCCUAAGUAUUUGUAUGCAAGGUCUAAUCAAGGAUUAGGGAGUAGUAAUGAUGCUUUUGAUAUUGCUAUUGAUGAAGUUUUGAAGAGAUUCAAGCAACAAAGGGAACAAAAACAAAACUUGGAGGAAACAAGAAAAGAUGAAAAAUCUAUAGAAUAA